ACAUAUGAUACUAUUUACGCUAUGCAUCCCCAAAUCUACGCUAACUGAAAAGUCUGACGAAAUAAGGUAAAGAAAUUUGCUCACUAUAUAUAAAUGACACAAAAGUUCGUGGCCCCCCCCCCCUCUUACUAUGGUAUAGACUCAUUAACAAUUUAGUGGAAUGAUACUAACUAGUAGUUAAUAACUAGUACUAAGUAGCUAAUAAUAAGUGAGCAAGACUAUUUGUUAGUGAACAACUAUAAAACUCCAUCAUGAUCCUCAUUGAUGAAGUCAAAUACUCCUGCAUCGAAUGCAUACGGGGUCACCGAUCGUCCCUGUGCCGUCAUCAUGCCCGGCCCCUUUUACAAGUAAGAUCUAAGGGACGACCUAAUGUCCAUGCUAAUGGGAAUCCUAAUCAUCGUAUAGCGGUAUUUGCUGAAGAAAUAGCUCCUGAAAUAAAAGCAGCAUCAUACAAUGAUGAUUCCCUGAAAUCUCCCUCACCUGAUACUGUGGUAAAGUGUAAGAAAAAUCCAGUAGUAAUACUUAAAGCAUCACCCAAACAAGUUAUGGAUCUUAUAAGUGGUCAAAUUAUUGGUCCUUAUAAUGAAAAUCUUGCUAAGCCACGGGAAGAUGAACGACCUCCACCUCCUAUAAUAAAUAGUGAUAGUUUCAUAGUAACUUCUACAUGUUGUAGUGGGAAUGGUACAUUAACUGGUCCCAUAGGAAGCAAAAUAUCCAAGCAACUGAGUUGCGGUUGUUGCUCCAACAAGUCUAAGAAAAACAUCAACAAGUCUAAGAUAUUGAAGAACUAUAUUCAAAAGCAUUUCACCAAGAAUAAUAACAAAAAUAAUAACAAUAUAGACUUGGAUAAAGACAUAGUUAAUGUCGUAAAAGCAGAACCUAUAGUGCAGACAGUACCACAAUUACAGUCACAACGACAUCCCAAUGCUUCUGAACCAUUUCAGGUCCAACAUAACCAACAGCAAGUGUAUGAUGUGGUACCUAUACCGUCUUGUUCCAUCCCCGGUUCUUGUUGUUGUGAUGAUAACUGUUCCUGUGAAGGUUGUGUAGUUCACGGUAAUGCUACAAUCAAUGAUGUUAACAAAUUCUUACCUACUUUCAGUAUGGAUUAUAUUGCCGAUGAGAGUAACUUUAAUACGAUUUCAGAUACCAAUAUUAUUUUAAAUUCGAUAUCUGCGGCCGUAGUCAACUUUACAGAACAGCAGCAGCGGCAGCAGCAGCAACUGCAACUGCAACUGCAACAGCAACAACAGCAACAACAAGAACCGCAGGCGGUCAGCGAUGAAACAACUACCACUAGCACCACCACUUCGGUGAGUAUCAAGACAGAAUCAGAAGAUCAUCCAGUUUCUCAAGCAACAUCUGAAACAGACUCACCAUAUUCUCAAUCUUGUAACUGUCCUCCGGACUCCUGUGACUGUGCCAAUUGUGAGACUCAUGGUAUCAUAAAUGGACUAAAGCUAGACGACUACUUUGGCUCCAACUUAAUGGACCAGAAACUCUUGUCAUUAAUGUCAGAUUUCCAACCCGAUAGCUUUAAUGAGUAUAUUGGUUCUAAUCUUGACUCUAUAAAUGGGAAUGGGAUCACCACCUCUAAUAUCAUCCCUGAACCACAACCAAAAUCUCCAUUAGGGUUUAAUCGAUCUAGACCCAGCUGUUGUGAGCCUGUGGAUGAAAUAGAUAACAUAUAGAUGACUGUAUAUAGGUGUAAAAAUAUAUAUAUUUUAAUUUAGGAUUGAGAGUAUAUGGGGAAUAUAUAUGGGUUUACAUGUGAUACGCAUAUCGUGACAACUCACGUGACA